UGGUGCCGCUGGGCAGAGCCCCCGCCGCGGACGAGCGAGCACCCCAGGAGUUGCGGGACCCCCCGAACCCUCUCCUCUCAGCCCCCCGCCGCCGCCGCGCCGGAGCCAGCCGCGCACAUGAGCCAGAACAGCCGGACCGGGAAGAGGACACUCAUGCUCCCCGAGAUCGCCGCCGCCGUGGGCUUCCUGUCCGGGCUCCUGCGGACGCGGGGCUGCGUGAGCGAGCAGCGGCUCAAGGUGUUCAGCGGGGCGCUCCAGGAGGCGCUCGCAGAGCACUACAAACACCACUGGUUCCCCGAGAAGCCUUCCAAGGGCUCCGGCUACCGCUGCAUCCGCAUCAACCACAAGAUGGACCCCAUCCUCAGCAAGGUGGCCAGCCAGAUCGGACUCAGCCAGCCCCAGCUGCACCGGCUGCUGCCCCGCGAGCUCACCCUGUGGGUGGACCCCUACGAGGUGUCCUACCGCAUCGGGGAGGACGGCUCCAUCUGCGUCUUGUACGAGGAGGCCCCGCUGGUGGCCUCUUACGGGCUCCUCACCUGCAAGAACCAAAUGCUGCUGGGCAGGACCAGCCCCCCCAAGAACUACGUGAUGGCCGUCUCCAGCUAGCUCCCCGGCCCCCCGCUCCGCACUCCACUGUACUCACCGCGAGGGGACAGCGGGCCACGGCAUACCUCAACCUGGGGAACUGCGUUUUACAUGAAGAGCUAUUUAUAUAUAUUAUUUUUUUAAGAAAAGGGGAGGAAAAAAAAACCGUAAAGAUGUUUUUUUUUUUUUUUUAAGAAAAAAAAAAUCCUUAAAGGGUGCUGCUUGGAAGCGGCCUCCCCAGGUGCCUUUGGAGAGAACUGUGGUGGCUUCAGUCUGGGGAGGCCGGUGUCUGCCGAUGGGAGGGGGGCCCGACCAAGGUGGGGAGGUGGGAGAAGCUGGGCCGGCACCCCAAGAUGUGAGAGGGAACAAGCGUGCUGAGCAGCUGUGAACGAGAGAGAUGGGACCUCGCCCUCUCCCCCAUCCAGACACCUGCAUCCCUGACCUCAGGGCCGUUCAAGCCUGGACUUAAACUCACGUUGCCUCAUCUUCACUUUUUGUUUUUCUGAUGAGACCCUGGGCAGAGAGUGAUCCCAAACAGCUUUUCUUGGAAUCAUCCCUUGUUUCUAAUUCUGUCCUCAGGGGCCUGUCGGUAGUGUUGCUUCCCAGCCAGGAGUCGAAAGCUUUUUGUGUUUUGUGGGGUUCACGGGAGUGAGGCAGGGCUGGAGGAGAUGGGGGCUGGGGUGGCAGAAAUCUGCACAAAUCCGCUUUGCAAUGUGCUGCUCUGUGUGCGAGUGUGCUGAAGAGCUUGGGGGUGAUUUGCAAUGGACUUUUUAAGACCCAAAGAGCGUCCGCUGGGUAUUGACAAAACCCUUCUUUCUGGAUCCAUAAGAAAGUGCUAAUGCUGCUGCCACGAUCCCUUUGAGAGGUGGCUCAAAAGCUACAGGGAACUCCAAGUCCCUCAUGACUGCCUUCUUUCUAAAAGCACAGCACUCCUCUCCCACUCUCCCCGCUCCUCUCCCCUCUGGUUGGGCCACGGAGCGAUCCUGUUUUCUCAGUCACUGUGCAAUAUGGCCUCCCAGUCCCAGGAGGACGUGGAGGACUGGCCCUCAGGACCUCCUGGUGCUCCAGGGGGCAGGGGAGCCUCUCUCCCUCUGUCCCCGGAACUGGCUGGCUGCUCAGCUCGCAGGUGCCCCUUGGCUGACCCCGGAAAGCCCAGGUUCUGGAGGAUUACUGGGCAUUCUUGUAGGGCUGACACUAAACACCACACAUCGGCCAUUGCUUUUUCUCCCUGGUGCUCAGAGCGCCUCUGGGAGAGGUUGCUGUCUCUCUCAGUGCAAUCCAAAUUUGUCUGUAGACGUGUGCAAUAUUUACUGUUUGGGGUUGGAGAAAAAUGGAAAAAAAACUACCUGUUUCUCAGUGACAUCCAUGAGGGGUUCUCGGAAGGCCUUGAGUUUCCCAAACCUGUAUCACCUUAAAAAAAAAGGACAUUGCUGGGCCAUCUGGUCAACCUGGCUACCCUCCCGCUAUUAACCCUUAGUGAGGAAUCUUCUGCCCCAACCCCAGAAUCUCCUCCCCCCUGUACCCCCUUGCCUGGGUGUCUUAACUACUCAAUUCUGACUCAGAGGUGCUAUUUACCAAACACUCUCCCAACCCAUUCCUGCCUAUUCUGCCUCCUCCUUUCCAACUCUCCAGAUCCAAGCUGUUUUUCCCCAGACCCUGAUUCCAGUCUUAAUUGCUUUAAAAGGGGACUUGGGGCCCCACUGGCCCAGGAGCUUACAUUCGGGCCUGUGGGUUGAAACAAAGCUGUGAAUCCAUGAAGAUUUUGCCGUUGCACGUCACAAACAGGUCCUGCCUUUUCAGAAGCAGCCUCGUGGUCUCAUGCUUAAUCUCUCUCUUCUUUCUGACGUUCACUUUAAAAACGAAAUGCCCAGAGCUGGACUGUUGAGCAGGCCUGUCUCUCCUAUUAUAGGUGAAAAUAAAUAGUAGUGCAUUUGUAAGCUAUUCUGAAAGAAAAGACAAAGGUUACUCAUUGUAUAAUAGUGUUUUUAUAUGGAAGAAUGUACAGCUUUAUGGACAAAUGUACACUGUUUUGUUACUUUAAUAAAACUGUAGCAGAUGAA